CCGGCUUAGAGUUUCUCUUAGGCUGCUGAGAGCUGAUCACAAGGAAACUGAGAAAAGAACUGGAAAAGUUUUUUAACCAGAAACCUUUAUAAAAUCCCGUGAACGCCAUGUUUUCCCUGUCAGAGCUGGCACCGUUGAAUCAGCAUCAGAGCAGUAGUAAGCUGUUGAAACCCUGGUGGGAAGUCUUCAUGGAUUACCUGGUGGUUCUAAUGCUGAUGACUUCAGUUUUAGCCUGCACUGAGCAGCUGUCUCGGGACAGAGUUGUGUGCAUUCCUGUGGAUCCAACUUCAACUUCUCACAAUCCAUCAGCAAGUGGCAAUAUAGACUUGAUUCCAUCUCCAAAUCCCAUUCCACACAACACUGGUCCAAAUCUUUAUUCUGCAGCACGGGGGCGACGCACACAUCUGGUCUACCAGCAGUAUGUUUACGUCAGCCAGGUGUGCUACCACAAGGCUCUGCCUUUGUGUUCCCGCUUCUUGCCCUACAUCGUCUUGCUGCAGUCUCUCGUUCUGGUUGCCAGCGGCUCUUUCUGGCUCCACUUCCCCCACACCUCUUCUCGCAUAGAGCAGUUCCUAGCCAUCUUAGCAAAAUGUUGUGAGUCACCCUGGACAUCUCAAGCUCUGUCCCAUGCCGCACGCCAAGAAAACAUCCAAGAGGUGAACAGACAACCAUCUCAACCUCCCCUAUCUUCAGUAUCCUCUUCACUCCCAGUGACCCGCACACAACGUCCAAGCAUAGACUCAGGCACAGACAGCCCGCUUUUGAAGAGGUCAGAUAGUCCAUCCUCAGCUACUCCUCCAUCUCCUUGCCCUUCCUCCCUUUCAUGUAACUCCACCAUGUCUUCUGUAUCCAACGGCUCUGGGGAGCAUUUUUUGUCUACCAAGCCCUCAGUCAUAGCUAACACCCCCAGGCAGAUAAUAAGUCUGGAUAAAAGUGAUGGCGAACAGGCCCGAGCAUUGUUUGAAAGAGUCAGGAAAUUCCGGUCUCACUGUGAAAGCUCUGCUGUCAUCUACAAGGUCUACUUGGCUCAGACAAUAUUCAAACUACUGUUGGCAACGCUGAUUGUGAGUUACACCAUCCCUCUUCUCAGCUCCCUCUCCUUUAGCCACAUCUGUCACCCUGAGGAGAGCACUCUGGUUGGCUAUGCUACCUUUGAAUGCAUCCAUGUGCUCUCAUCACUCCUGCACAAACUACUAGUGGCCUACGUCACCCUGCUGGGACUGUAUGGUCUACUUAACUUUUAUGCCCUCAGCUGGAUUUUUCACAGCUGUCUUCGAGAAUAUUCCUUCCACUCUUUAAAGGAGAUGUGGUCCCUAAGAGACGUUCCUGACCUGACAAAUGACCUGGCCUUUCUUAUACACAUGUUAGACCAGUAUGACCCCUUGCUGGUCCAGCGUCUCUCCGUCUUUUUGUCCCCUGUCAGUGAGAGCAGGCUACUGGAGGAAAGCUUGGAGAGGCGCUGGGGGGAGGAAAAACUGCAAGCCAUGACUAGCGUGGAUGCAGAUGGCUGCACUAGACUGCAGCUGGUGGCCCUGCCUCGCCUUCCGCCUGCCCUCUUCACUCUCAGCCAGCUUCAGGUCCUCAAACUGGAGCUCAUCACAGAUGCAAGGUUUACGUCGCACGUGGCUAACAUGACCUCACUCAGGGAACUCCACCUCUACCACUGCACAGCAGCUGCGGAUCCCAGUGCACUUGCAGUUCUCCAGGAACGUCUGGAGGUUCUACAGAUCACCUUCACUCAGGCAUCGGAGAUCCCUAACUGGGUCUUCUCACUCCGUAGCCUACAUGAGCUCCACCUCUCUGGUCGUUUAAGCAGUGAGGGUAGCGUGGGCCGUAGCUGGGCUCUAGGGAGCCUACGUCAGUUACGUCACCUGCGUCUGCUGGUGAUACGAGGAAUGCUACAGAGGAUCCCAGGGGAGUUGUGUGAAGUGACUGGAAGCUUGGUGAGACUAGAGAUCCACAACGAAGGCACAAGACUACUUGUGCUGACAGGCCUGAAGCGGAUGGUGGACCUGACAGAGCUGCACCUGCAGGACUGCCAGCUGGAGCGUUUGCCCUCUGCCCUGCUCGCUUUGACCAACCUGCGGACACUUGACUUGCAGCAUAACAACCUGAGAACUCUAGAGGAGCUCCUUAGUCUGGCUCACCUGCGACGUCUCUCCUGCCUUAAGCUUGCCUACAACCGUGUCUUGGUGCUGCCAAACAGUGUAGGUGUUCUUCGAGGCCUAGAGCUCCUGGAUUUGUCCAACAACCAACUCAAGAGUCUUCCCCCAGCGCUCUUCACUCUUCGCCGUCUUCGAAGGCUCCUGCUGGCUGGCAACCUGCUGAAGGAGCUGCCUGCUGAAGUAAGGGCACUGCAGCUGCUUACAGAGCUGGACCUCAGUGGAAACAGGUUAGAGAACCUCCCCUUGGAGCUAUUUAGUAACUGUUUGGAGCUGCGCAUCUUAAACAUGGCUCACAACUCUCUUGAUUCAUUGCCCAGCGGGGUUGCAGCUUUAAGCCAGUUGUACAGGUUGGACUUGCGCGGCAACAACCUGGAACAGCUGCCUGCUGAGCUGGGCUCCUGUUUGGGGUUGUAUGGAGGUGGUCUCCUGGUUGAAAACUGGCUCUUUCUUUCCUUGCCUCCUCAUGUCAGAGACUUCCUCAGCCAUUCUUUCACAACCAGUGGAACAUACUUGGAGGAUCAUUCCCGACCAGAAUCUGACAGUUUCCCAUACUUCUCUCCUACACAGUGGAGUUUUUCUUCAGCUCUGGAGUCACAAAUAUAAGCCUAAUGAAUGACUCUGUGCUAACACUGAUAGUUUAAGGUUUAUUUUCUACAGUUUUAUACAUUUUUUACUUAUUUUUGGAGGACCUUUUAGUCUAAUCUGUGGACUAUUGCAUAGAAAAUCUUGUUAAUCUUUCUCUGAAUGUCUUACUAUUCCUGAAAAGCACUUUAGCGUUAGAGAUCUGUGGGGAAUAAAUAUUAUACAAUGAAAAUUUUGGUUUCAGUUCCUAUGUAACUAUUUUUCUAAAUUAACUGUUUUAACUUAAACUGUAAAGUUUGUGUCUUUCUUUUUUCCACUAAAGAAUGACAGUAUUUGUGCCACCAUCUUGCAUUGUUUAAGAUGAUAACAUUAAAUCAUGAUUCACAUUUCUGACAUAAGGUUUAAACUUCGUGUUAUUUUCAAAAUAACUGGUUUUGUUUUGUUGAACAUGACGACGCCCACAAUGUUAGCGUGUUAGCAUUAGCUGUCUUAAAGUUGGAGCUAACAGGCUGCAAAGUAGGCUACAUGCUGCUGCUUUGUUUACACUCCAUGAGGAGAAAAUAAAGGUUGGUUUAAAUAUAGGAAGCAUCUGUCUUUGGUUUUGGAGUGACUGAUCUUCCAUUAUCUUUUCUGUCUUCCAGUCUGUUUUAUUUUUUUCCCCCUCCGCACAUGCACAGAUGUUAAAGAGCAAUGAGCCCUUAGCUUAGUUUUAGUAUUAGCUGCUAAUUUGGGAGUUAAUAAGUUGUACGCACAAGUGGUUUGCAUAGACUUCCUACUGCUGCAUGUGUCUGCUCAUGUGGUGACUGUGUUGCUCCAGAUAUUUUAAUGAGAGACAUUAAAAUAACAGAACUGACACUUUGUUUGAUUUUUUUUUAAUUUAUUUAUUUAUUUUUUUGCAUAUGCACUGUUGCAAUAAAUCAGACAGAUGGGUCUACGUGUACAAAUACAUCAGAGUAUUUGGGAGAAUUCUAGGCGUACUAAUCCGAUUUCCCAUAAACAGAACACUGAUAAAACAUAUCAGAUUAUGCUGUC